UAUUUCGGUGCAUUGCGUGGUCACCGUGAACCGCUUACCGCGGCCAGUCAAAUGAUCACACGUUUGGAAAGGCCGACUCAUCGCCCUGGCCUAAGAAAUCCAGUAUUAGUGAUCAAUUAAAUACACCCAAAUGGAUCUUUUACGUUAUCGUAAAUUUUUCGUUUACAUUCUUACAUUCAUGGCAUAUGCAUGGUCUGGUUAUGGUGCUGGUCUACUGGGCAAUCUCCGUGAUGCUGUCCUAGCUGCUGAAACUGUUUUUGGUGACCUUUUCCAAAAUGCAAUUACAGUGGCAAAAAAAGUGAAGGAUAUUCAUGAAGUGUUCGACGCAGCUGUGGAGGAGACCUGUGUCUUUCAGUGUCCUUCAGGUGUCACUCCCAAGCCAAACAGAAAUCAUGUGCCACAGAGUAAUGGAUGCGGCUCAUUAGGAAUCGAGAUAAGCUCUGAGUACCUUCCUCUGUCAGAAAUGACAAAAUGCUGUGAUCAGCACGACAUUUGCUACGACACCUGCAACAACGACAAGGAAAAAUGUGACUUGGAAAUGAAACGUUGUCUGUACAAGUACUGUCAGGGUUAUCAGUCCACUGGUGUCACCGUUGUCAAUACCUGCAAAGCAGCAGCGAAGAUGCUGUUCACUGGGACAACUGCCCUCGGCUGCAAGAGCUACAUGGACGCCCAGAGAGAGGCCUGCUGGUGUGGUGAUAGGAAAAAAGAGAAAAAGAAAUCAAAGUGGUUCGGGGGUGACGAGCUAUAGCGAAUACCAGCAGCUGACAUUUCAUUGCAAUUUUUCGAUCGUGCUCUCGUCAAAGCGAAGAUAAUUCACUAAAAAAUAUCAUUUUGUCCAUCACAUUUGUCUCAGGCAAUCAAAUGCCUCAAGUUCUCAUUAAAAAAUGGCUUUAAUUUUUGUCUGAAGAAUAUUUAAUUGGCCAAAUUAUAUAUUUAUCAAGUGUCCACUCUCUGUAAAUAGACUAUUGUAUUUGGAAUUCUUUAUAAGAGUAAAGCUGUUAUUUUUGUGAUUAAAAAAGUUAACUUAUUGACGGAGA